AUGAAACAGAACAAGUCCAAACCAGUUCAAAAUGCUCUUGUGGAUUUAACAAUAUACCAAAGCUCCUACAUGAAUGACUUUCAGCCCUAUGGGGACUACAAAUACAUUAGGAUGGAUCCGAAAGAGAAAGAGAAGCUGGACAGGCAGCUCCGGGAGAAACAGCUCUACAGGCCGGUGGUGAGCCCAUACCCCAAGCUGAGCCAGGGCUACUCCGCCUUCAAGGGAAUACACAUGACCGCGAGGGACCUGGGCCCAAACGGGUUCUUCAGGCAGCAAGCUCAGUCUGUCCAGGAGAAACCCCAGGAGGAGGCCCAGAAGGGGGCCGAGGGCAGGGUCCCCUGCCCCUGCCCCUGUCUGUACCCGAGGUCCUAUGGGCUCAGUCUGGCUCGCACAGGCCUUGAGCACCCACUCUACCAGGUGGCCAACUUGCCCUGCCUUAUAGAGCCCGAACGCCAGCCGGCUCCCCACAUUGGGAAGGGCUACUUCCUCAUGCCUGGCUGCCUCUGUCCUUUCCACCACAAGAUCAAGUACCCCAUCUUGAGCCGGUGGGGACCCCUGCUGCCCUAUUAUCAGUAG